CUCAUAUUGUAAUCUCCAGCUGCACAGCACAGCCAUGGCUACUCUCCUUCCUCUGUCCUUGCGAAUCACUUCCACCCCUGGCUUCACAGGAUAUCCAAACCUCUGCUCUUCGUUCAAGGGAUAUACGAGGACUUUGAAAGCAAAUCCAUGCCAAUUUCCAUGUGUAAGACUCAGAAAAAUAAAGCCUUAUUCAAGAACAACAUUCACUGUAUUCAACCUAGCUCCCGAAUCAGCAAAGACUGAUGCACCCCGGUUCCGGCUCAAUAACUUGGGGCCGCAACCUGGCUCCACUAAGAACAGAAAGAGAAAGGGUAGAGGUCACGCAGCUGGGCAAGGAGGCAGCUGUGGAUUUGGGAUGAGAGGUCAGAAAUCAAGGUCUGGGCCUGGAGUUCGAAAGGGGUUUGAAGGGGGUCAAAUGCCACUCUAUAGGAGACUUCCCAAGCUCAAAGGCAUUGCUGGAGUCAUCGGCCCAAAGUGGCCCACUUGUAGACAACUGAGAGUCAGAUUAGACCGAACCACGUUAAAUCUCGUGUUCUUUAUCGCUUUCUUGCUUUAUAUUCGUGUGUGUGCUUUUGUUCUUAACAACUGGUAUCGGAGCCUAGGUCAUACACACAGAUCUGCCUCCACUGCCAACCCUAGCGACUCUAGGGUUUCUGCCGACACAUCAGAAGACCACCGAGAUAGUCAUCUGUGGGCAGUCCGAAAAACCUUGCUGUUCAGUUUGCUGCUGCAAUUUUCGAGGUCAGUUCUGGUUGUUUGUCUCAAUCUGUUCUCACGUGUUCUCUGGUCAGAUCUGGGAUACUCAGAAGAGAUGAUGUCUGAGGACGGAAAGAUCAGGAUAGAGAAGUUUGAUGGGCAAGAUUUUGGAUGGUGGAAGAUGCAAGUCGAGGACUUGCUAUGUCAGAAAGAUCUUCUUCCAUGUUUGACAGGUAUGCGUGCUGGACUACCAAAAUAUGUCCCUGUGAACUUGAAAGACAUAGAAGCUGCUGGAUUUCAUGAAGGAGAAGUGGUGUCACUUGAAUCCUUGAGUGAGAAGGGCAUUAUAAAUCCAUCGGGAAGAGAAAAGAGGUUACCUCUAAAGAUCCUAGGUGACGGCGAGCUUGGAGUGAAGCUAACGUUGAAAGCCCGAGCAUUUUCCGCCUCAGCAAAGCAGAAGCUCGAGGCGGCCGGUUGCUCGCUGACUGUUCUACCGGGGCGGAAAAAGUGGGUGAAGCCAUCGGUUGCUAAGAACCUUGCCAGAGCAGAAGAAUAUUUUGCCAAGAAAAGAGCAGCUGCCCUAUCAGCGGACUCCUCUCCUUCUUCUGUCUGAUGUGAGCCACCUUAUUCCCUCUCUUCAUUUUGUAAAGCAACACUUGGAAAACUCUUCUCUGAAUCAUUGGUAUUUCCAGGAUUAACCCUGUAUUUCUGUUAAUACUCCCAAAUUUGACACAUUUAAGUUUUGAAUCUUCAACUCCAUGGGUGGAAUGGAAAACAAAAUGUCCUCUUAGCUUGUUAGAUAGUUAAGGAGUAUAUCAUAAACCAGAGGACUUUUU